AUGGCAGUCCCUCAGAGGACACUGAAUUGGCUGUACAGUGUCUUGUCCAAAGAUCACUAUGAUCCACAACAGACCUACCGCGACCCAAACCGGACCUACCACGAUGUUGCCAAUGCGCUCUCCCAGUACCCCUCGCUAUCCCCUCGAACAGAUGUCUAUACCUAUGAGACAGGCUUCUCGGCCCUCCUCCUUCACCUUGUGGGCACGUUGCCUGUCACCUUCCGAGGAACGACAUAUCGAUUUCCCAUUGCGCUUUGGAUUCCAAAUACAUACCCACGCGAGCCUCCAAUUGCCUACGUGACCCCGACACAGGAAAUGACUGUCCGAGUUGGGCAACAUGUGACGCUGGAGGGACAGGUGUACCAUCACUAUCUGGCACACUGGGCCGAAGCAUGGGAUAGAUCUACCAUCGCCGAUCUUCUUUCUAUUCUUCAGGAUAUAUUUGCCAAGGAGCCACCGGUCCGGUACAGACAACAAGUGCCACAUCCUCAGCCGGAAGCUGCCCAAACACCCCCACCAUUACCUCCCCUUCCACCAGGUGUCGGAUCUUCGAGACAAGCUCAACCCCUGUCUCCACCUACAAGCCAGAGCCAGAUUCCACCCCCGCCUCCGCCGAAGCCAGGCGCGGCUGGAGAGCAUCCGCAGCAACAACAACAACGGCACCCAGCUGAUCAAUAUCGAUCUCCCCCACCGCUACCUCCACUACCACCGAAAGAGCAAGACUCUCGUCAAGCAUAUUUAUCCACACAAUUGGCCAGCCCGGGAAUCCACUCAUAUCAGAAUUACGCGCCUCCAAGCCAAACUGGAGGACCGAUAAGCAGCCCUCGUCCCUUGUCACAGCCACCAACCCAUCAGCCAACGGGACAGCCAAUGCCGCCCCAGUCGGCGCAGGGUCAAGCACCGUAUUAUAGAAACAGCGGAGCGCCGGUCCAUCAUGGAACUGGGUCUACUAUACCAAGCCAUGUCCCUCCUCAAGCUAAACCCGCUUGGGCUCACCUGCCUCUGCAGCCGCAACUCCCCCAUCAGCCGCACCAGCAACCGUCCGGUCCCCCAUAUCCUCAGCAUUCUCCAUACCCAUCCAAUUAUCCCCACCCACCCCCAGCAGCUCCCACGAAGGCCGACACACCCGACCUUCUAACCUCGCCAUUUGAGGUUGAACUACCUUCAAUCGCACCCGCAGGACCAGCGCCUCCCAUCCCACCAAACCCAGAGAAAGAUGCACUCCUUCAUGCCGUGUCCCAGACACUGGCGGAAACCCUCCGUGCUAAUGCUGCACAGUCUGACACGGCAGCGCAGUCACUCGCCUCACAAUCACGGUCCCUGCAUGCCGCCAUGGCCACACUGCAGGGGGAACUUUCGGCGCUCAAUACUCUCCACGCGACCCUCCAAUCCAACACUACUGUCCUACAGCAAUCCAUCCAUCGCGCCGACGCCACCAUCUCAGAUGCGCAGGCUCGCUCUACAUCCAUUUCCACUUCCAGCGCUCCUUCGACCUCCGCUACUCCUGGAGACUCUCCGUCCGGCCUGCCCCCAAUCGAUGACGUCCUGGUUGCCCCUACCGUGGUAGGGAAGCAGCUAUAUGAUUUGGUCGCCGAGGAGCAAGGGAUACAGCAAGCUCUCUAUGCGUUGCAGGCUGCGCUGGUCCGCGGUAUUAUUGGUGUCGAUUCCUGGUCGCGGCAUACACGAAGUCUUGCACGUGAAGCUCUUCUCAAGCGGGCAUUGAUUCGUAAAAUCGGACGUGGAAUGGGGUUGGAUGAGAGUGUGGCUUGA